UUAAAUUUCUUGACACGUUUUUGAAGCUGAAGAAUUCCGAAUUUCCGAUACCAUCCGGUGUUCGUGUUGCCUGGUCAAAAAUUCCUGAAAUUUUAUGCUGCCACUUAAUGGUUCAAAGCAAAUUCGCAAAUUCGCAACUUCGCAGUCGCAUAAUCGAUAGGUAUAUACACUGUCAAUUCCUUCGCAUUAAGAAUCACAUCUCUUUGUUUGACUAUCAGAAGCAUCGAGCUACCUGUAGACGAAUCAACGUAUCAACAUGUUGACUAAGAACGCAGUAUUGAGCGCUGUUGCGUGUGCAGCUGUUUCUAAUGCAAGCCCCAUACUUCUACACCAGAAUGAGAAUGCCUUCUCCAAUGGCGAGAAGGCUCAUGUGAUGACCGCUCCUAACCUAGGAAAGUUUGUGCCCACUUAUCCCAAACAGUACACAGUCACAGGUAUCAUGCACAUCCCAUAUGCUGACGUCCACGAGCCUGUCAAAGUACAGACUGAUGAGGAGGCCCGUGCACAAAAGGUUACGUACUACGACGGCAGGGAUGCGAUGCUGUACCUAAACAUUGGCGAGGAUACCGGUAUGACCUACGAGACGUACAUUGGAUACAAUCGACCGAUGUGUUUCCAAUCCAAGCUGAAGAAAGGCACAGACACACAAGACCGCAUGGACAGGGAGGUCAAGUUCAUUCCCGAUCUGAAGGAAUUUGAAUACCGCGGUAAGACACCGUGCAAUCCUGCCAAGACCGACGAGCUGUGCCACCACUGGUCUCAGGAGAAGUCCCAGGGCUUCCACAACCAGUAUGUGUACUAUGCCAAGGACGAUGAACUAUACACCCCCUACUAUCUGUCAAUGGUGGGCCGCAAUGUGGUGUUUGCUUCCCACUACGAUAUGUACAACGUCGAGUAUCUGACAUUCGAGCCUACCGUGGAUUCUUCUGCAUUCGAGGUGCCCGAGUGCAGCGUUUUCUUGGGUGGACGUGAUGACCACCAUCAUGCCGUUCGUGAAGAGAUCGACUCUCUUAUGAACGCACAUGACCAUGUGAGUGAUAAGUUCGAUGAGCAUGUCGUUAAGUUCAACAAGACGUACGCGGAUGAUAAGGAGUUACUCGAGGGUCAUCUCAACUUUCGUGUAAGUCACCACACCGUCAACAACAUGAACAAGCAGGGUGAUGAUGCCACAUACGGCCACAACCACGCCUCUGAUCUCAGUACCAGAGAACGUAACGGCCGUAUGUUUGGCUACCGCAAGUCCUACAAAGUAGGUAAGCCCAGUGAUCACGUGCAUGUCAACCGAACCGUCAGCAAGAUGAUUGUGGACACCAAUAUCAAGGUGCCCGAUGCUGUUGAUUGGCGAUUGGAUGGCGCUGUAACGCCAGUGAAGGAUCAAGGUACCUGUGGAUCAUGCUGGGCAUUUUCCACUACUGGGGCGAUGGAGGGAGCGUACUUCCUGAAGACCGGACGAUUAAACACCCUGUCGGAGCAGCAGUUGAUGGACUGUAGCUGGGCCUAUACCAACAACGGAUGUGAUGGCGGUGAACCGGCUAUGGCUAUGGACUACCUGACUGAGGUGGGUGGGAUCAUGGAUGACUCAUCGUACAAGUACGAAAACGCGGACAACUACUGUCGCUACAACCCAGAGAAGAAGGCGGCGUCUAUCAAGGGUCGUGUGUUGAUCCCGUCGGGUGACGAAUUCGCGUUGAAGCAGGCCGUUGCUCUACACGGGCCCGUGUCCGUUGCCUUCGAUGCAUCCAAGCCAUCGCUACUGUACUAUUCCAGCGGUGUGUACAGAGAUCCCAAUUGCUCGACUACAGACCUUGAUCACGCGGUGUUGGUAGUUGGCUAUGGCACCACUGAGCUUGGAGAUGACUACUGGAUUGUCAAGAACUCGUGGUCCACUUACUGGGGUGAUAUGGGAUACUUCAAGAUUGCGCGCAAUGACAACAACCACUGCGGUAUUGCCACGGAUGCCACCUAUGUGGUCGUCUAAGUGAAGUAUUGGAGAAUGGAUCUGGGUACGGUCUGACUGAAGCAUCAUCUGUGUCACUGCUAAGAUGGAGCUUUAUCUGGGGUACCCUUGAUAUGAGAUUGGAGUAUGGACGGGCAGGGCACUAUCUCACCAAUUGCAGAGAAAAGUUAGUUAUUGUCUCGUUAUUGGGGGGUGGAAGAGUGCCGAAGGAUGCCUUUGCCUCAGGAACGAGGGAGUUUUCCGAGUUGAUGGGAAGCAUUGUUUGAAUGCGAGGAAUUAAUCCUGCGAGCGCUUAUGCUUUUUACUGCAAGCAUGUGCGUAUGCAAACCUGCAAAGACCACUACAUUGUUUGGCUUGGAUUGUUUUAGCAACAGUUACAGAAGUCACAACGUGUGGAUGAGCAUAGAUGCUGUAGAAGGUAAUUACACUAGACUGCUUCAGUGAGAAUGUCUCGUAAUAUCUAAUGCGAGGUGCCUGGUUCACCUCGCUAAUAGCCUGCGUAUCAAUGCACCGCUGCGCACAAAUAAAAAUAUUAGUAAGAUCACUAACAAUGAAACAAUAGUAUAAUGCAAAGGUACCAGGUCCUGAUCACUUAUUUUUUACUUUGACCAUCUUGGUGUAUUUAUUUUACAGUGCGAGUGUGAAUGCGUCUUCACUCUUCUAUAUAUAUGUAUGUAUGUAUGUGUAACACACAGACACGUUUAAUAUAUAUAUCAUUUGGACAUGACUGAAUGCAGUUGCACAUGAAAUAUACACUCGUUUGCUUAACUAGUCGUAAGUUAGCAUGCGCAUACGAAUAGAAGUACACAGAUUUAUGCCCAGGUGUUCACGCGUGUAAAUGUACAUAAUUGUUGCUCCUAACCGAGUCAUAUUCGCGCAACCGCAAACGUGUUACUUAUAUGUAGAAUUAGUAGUUUGCACAUAAAUAUCCGAAUAUACAUGAAUAGAUGUACAUUUAUAAAGCGGGCUGUGUGCUGUUUAUGUUGUAACAAUGUGAUGUAUGAUAAGUGCCUUCCUAUCUAUUAUCUGCAUGUUGUUGAAAUUUUAGGUUUGUUUAAUGUAGACAACGGGUGUUUGCAUUGACUAUCCUGUACAUUGUACUGCAUACGUAGCACAGCCGGGUGGACAAUAUGCACGAGUUCAUCAACAAUGUCAACGUACGUCUUUUUAAUAAAUAGACACCUGGCACAGGCGUCGAUGUUUGAUGGAAAUAUAGAACAAAAUAGAACAAUGCGCUUAAACGAUGAUUACGUAUGGCA